AUGAAAAAUAAACAGGUAACUGAUGCAACUGAUUGUUCAGAACCUCAGUUGAUAACAAAAACAAGUAGUAAUAGAGUUGCAGCAUGGCAUGCUCAACGAAAUGCAAGGGAAAGUGAAGCAUCACACUUAAUAUGGUUGGAUAGAGAAAGUGGUGCAAGAACUGCACAAAGAAAAAAGCGUAGUCGACUAAUAUCAAUAACAGAACAUUGUAGCUCUUUUGAAAAUAAUGUUGAUAAAAACAAAAAUGAAACAGGUAAUAAAGAAAUGAAUGAAGUUCGAGAAAAAACUGUAGGCAAGCUGGAUAAUCAAUCAAGACAAAAGAAUAAAUUACGAAAGGUUCGAAGCUUAGAAGAAAGACAAGAACAACGUAAAACGACAUUGUAUUAUGAAGUGUUUUAUAGACUUUCUGAUUGGUGUAGUCGAGAGUUGCUAGUAAAUGAACAAAAGGCUAGCAUUGGACCAGAUUAUGAAAAAAAACAUCAAAAUAUCGUUCGACGAGUUCGAAGUUUGGUUGAACGAGAAGCAAAAUUUGAGAAUAAUAUGAAUCACGAAGCAUUUAGUAUGUCAAUUCAACGAUGUAAUCGAAAUUUAGUAGAAACUGAAGGUAGUCGGUUAAUAAGAGUAGAAAAACAAGCUGAAUUAAAGGUGAAUACAAGAUUAAUUAAAGAUCGAUUAGAAACUCGUGAAGAACAUAUACAACGUUUACAACUUAACAAUGAGUACGAAUCAAUGAGAUCGCUUAAGCGAUGCCAAAGCGAAAUUGAAAAUGAAAAAAUAUCUCUAAAAUUACAUAAAAGAAAUCAUGAUCAAUCGUAA